AUGCUGCUGACUCGCAGAGGCUUAGCCGUACAAGAGGAGUCCAAAUUAAAGCUAGCAUUAGAGGAAUUGCAGUCUACGAAGGAACUCUGUGCUCAACUUACUUUGGAAAGAGAGGAAAAUGAGAAGGAGUUUUUAGAGAUACUAGACAGUAAAAAGACACUCAAAUCCGAAUUAUCUUUAUUAGUUCAAGAAAAUACUCAAUAG